AUGGAGGUCAUUUUUAAGCAUAACAGUUUUUCUCUUGGUGCUGAUGAAAAUGGGUUUGAAACAGUAGUUGCAGUAGGACGUGGGAAAGGGCCAAAUCAUAUGCCUCUUCAAGGAUCUGGACCUAAUCAGCCAAAUAUGCCAAACUCUUCUAUGGGUAUGCCUCCAAGUAACCAUGGCCCCGUAGGAGGGUACAGUCAUUCCGUGCCCUCUUCACAAGGAAUGCCUGCUCAAAAUCAGAUGAACAUGAGCCAAGGACAGCCAAUGAGCAGCUAUGGCCCUCGACCUAAUAUGACCAUGCAGUCUGCUCAAGGUCCUAUAAUGCAUCAGCAGCCUUCUUCACAGCAGUAUGGUAUGCCUCAAGGAGGACAACCUUACCAAGGACAGCAGCCACCUGUGGGAAUGAUGAAUCAGGUCAGCCAAGGAGGUCAUAUGAUGGGCCAACGACAGAUUCCACCAUACAGACCACCCCAGCAAGGCCCAAUGCAGCAAUACUCAGGCCAAGAGGACUAUUAUGGUGACCAGUACAAUCAUGGUGGACAAGGUCCUCCAGAAGGCAUGAACCAGCAAUAUUAUCCUGAUGGAAACUCACAGUAUAGCCAACAGCAAGAGUCUUACCAGCAAGGACCACCACAACAGCAAGGGUACCCACCACAACAGCAACAGUACCCUGGGCAGCAGGGUUACACAGGACAGCAGCAAGGCUAUGGUCCCUCUCAGACAGGUCCUGGACCACAGUAUUCCAGCUACCCUCAAGGUCAAGGACAGCAGUAUGGUGGUUAUAGACCUCCACAGCCGGGACCACCACAGCCACAGCAGCAGAGGCCUUAUGGCUAUGAGCAAGUAAGGUUAUAUUGCUACAAUUUUCAAAGUACAAAAUUAAUUGCAGGUUUAUGCAAACCUAAUUUUGUAUGA